CUCUCGGAUUUACCCAAUUUCCCUUUUAAUUUUUUACUAUUGGGUCAGUUUCUGAUGGGAAUUCGAACUGGUUUUCUUUGUUUUGAGAUGGGUUUGACUUGUGCUGCUUGUUGCUCGUUUGUUCUUUACGGUGCAGAUGUAGACUAUCUUUCCCAUAACUUUUGAGAAUUAUCUGAGUUUUGCUCGUUUAAUUGUUACUGUUCUUGAUUUUUCACUUCAAUUUGUGUUGUUUGAGGUCAAUAAGAGGGCGAAUCUUCAUGAAGCUUUGGAAAUGAAGUUCCGCAAUUGUGUUCUUAUGUAACCUCAAGAUUAACCCAUGUCGUGCUAUUUGCUGAUAUAGUUUAGAGUCAGCUCCUUACUCUUAUUGCGGUUCUUUUUCUGAUAGGAGACGAUUCCCUCAAGGAAAAACUUACAUUUUUGCAUACAAAAGGGUAUAGUGCGGGAUUUCUGCAAAAUAUCUGGAAAGAUUGGUCAUGGAUGUUUCAGAAUGUGACACAAGCGAUGGCUUGGAGCAUAAAAUCAAAAAGAGAAAGCAAGAACAGUUUGAUGAUGCUCCUAUAGGAAACAAUAUGAGCAGUGUUCAUUCAGGUUCUGAAGAUGCAUCUUCAAUGGAUAAAAUCCUCUCUGGAAAUGAUUCUGCUUCUGCCAUGUUCAUUAUAUGCUCUAAGUUGGAAUCUGAAACAGAAAAGAUGUGUAAUGUUCAUGAAAAGAAGCAGGACGGUGACCGAAAAAUGUCCGAGGAUAUGGCGACAGAGCAUGGAAAUCUUAUAUAUAGUGUUGAAAUGGAAGAGCCAAGUUCCAUGGAUACUUACAAAGUAGAGUCUGGAAUCUCUGAAGAUACAGGUGGUAUGAGAAAUCAUGAUGAUCAUGAAAACGUUGCCAAUGUUACUGAAGAACUGAGCGAGGAGACGGUAGAUGCGAGGAAGGAUUGUCAUUCUAGAGAACAAUUCUCCGACUCUGGUAAUCAUUCUCCAUGUAAUGAGCAGGAAUUUGAGAGGGAUCGUUCAUUGAAAAGUUCCGAUGUAGAACAGAUAAAUGGGGGAGGCGCUGUGGAGGAAGCUUCUGUUUUCGGUUCGGUUGGUGAGCAUGAUGAUGAGACUUCAACAAGCAAGGAACUGAUUACAUCAACUCCUUGCUGCAUACCUCCUGAACUGGAUAAUGCUGAAACUGUGAAGGAAGAAGUUGUAUGUUUCUCGGGUUCUGGUGAGACGAGCAGUGGUGUUGACGCUAUCAUCGAAGAGAAAACUCCGACGCCAGUAUUGGAUACUUCAGAGAAAGGAGAUUCUAUUGGUUGUUCGAGGAAAAAGCUUCUUGUUCUCGAUGUAAACGGACUGCUUGCAGAUUUUAUUUGUUAUGUUCCAUAUGGAUAUAAGCCAGACCUUGUAAUUGGACAAAAAGCAGUGUUCAAGAGGCCAUUUUGUGACGAUUUUAUUAAGUUCUGUUUCGAAAGAUUCGAGGUGGGCGUUUGGUCAUCGAGAACUCGGAGAAAUGUGGACAUGGCCAUAGAUUUUCUAAUGGGAGACUUCAGACAAAAAUUACUAUUUUGCUGGGAUCAGUCACAUUGUACCGACACCACGUUCUCAACCGUUGAGAACAAGCACAAGCCUUUAGUCUUAAAGCAAAUCAAGAAGCUGUGGAAAUACCUUAAGCCACGAGAGUUCAAUGCAUCAAACACUCUACUGUUGGAUGAUUCCCCACACAAGGCAUUGUGCAACCCGGCAAACACUGCAAUUUUUCCUGUAACAUAUCGGUUUAGAGAUACUGACGAUACGUCGUUAGGACCGGGGGGCGAUCUUCGGGUUUACCUGGAAGGUCUAUCAAUGGCAGAAAAUGUUCAAAAAUACGUCGAGCAGAAUCCUUUCGGUCAACGCCCCAUUACAGAAAAGAACCCGUCUUGGAAGUUUUAUAGGCGGAUCAUAUAUUUCGUUGAGCGCAGAAAUGAUCAGGAGGAUGCCAGUUCCUUCAUAUGGAACUGAAAAAGGUACACUUGAGAGGCAUUUUCAAUCUUGUUGGUAUAUCCCUUUGUAUGGAUAGAAAAGGUUUUCCCCUCCUGUUGUUGAAGGGCUUUGGAUGCAUGAAACCAUCUAUUUCUAACCUUAGCUUCUCUUAUGCUGGUAAUUGAUGAACUUUGGCAUUUGCUUUAAUAUCAUCAUUAGCCGUUCAUCGUCCAUAAACAUUUUAAAUCUAUCUUCGAAGUAGAAAUCCUUUCGAUUCUUCGAA